AUGGAUAAAAAUCAAAUAAACACUUGUUCGUCAGGAGAAAAUGGUCAUGAAGAAGAUUUUGAAUUUAUGGGUGAUACUCCAAAAGAAGAUCCUGCUAUUGCUGAACGUCGUCGUUUACGGCAAAAUCAAAUAACAAAAAAACUUGGUGAAUAUUUACUUAAAGGUUAUUGUAUGUUAAGUGAUACUUGUUCAGAUUGUGAUUGUAUUCUUCUUCGUACACCGGAAAAACAAUUACUUUGUGUUGUUUGUAGUGAAAUUGAUGUUGAUAAAAAAAAACAACAUCAGAAUGAAAAAACGCCAGCAAUGAAAAAGAAUACAGAUACUAGCAAAGCUUCUACGAAACACAAGGAUAAAAAACAACGUAGUGGUGAUAAUCUUAGUGAUUAUAAUAAACUUGAAAAUAAACUUAAAUGGGCUGUUGAUGAAUUAACAAAAUCUCAAAGUCCAAAUCGUAUUAGUGAUAUGUGUGCAGUUAUUAUUAAAUUAACCGAAACAAUCAAAAUACUCAAAGAACAUGAAUUAAGUUUAACACAACAUUAA